AUGGUCGAGAAACACGAGGCUCCUGGCGCGAUUCGCGACAUUGAGGCCUUCCACCUCGCUACUUCUGCUCCAGCCUGCUCUUGGCUCGAUGACAGCGUCCGACUGGGUUUGCUUGCUGCGAUCGCCGGCUUUGCCUUUCCGGCUCCGCUCCUGGCCAUCAUCAACCAGGACAUUGGCCCUAGCGCCGACAUCUCCUGGGUGUCGCUGACCUACACGCUGACGAUUGCGGUUGGUCUUACCCUGAUCGGCCGCAUCACAGAUAUUUUUGGGAGGCGAUACAUCUUCAUCGGCGGCGGUGUCCUCGGAACCGUUGGAAGUAUCGUAUGCGCGAGAGCGGACAGCGUCAACACCUUGAUCGGAGGCAUGACAUUGAUCGGACUGGCUGCAUCGACUCAGGUAUCUUACUUCUACGUGGUGGCAGAGCUUGUGCCGAUGAAAUACCGCUUCGCAGCCAACAGCCUCAUGUACGUCUUCACGACGCCGGGCGGUGCCUUUGCGCCUGCCAUCGGCGAGAGUUUGGUCCGCACCACCUUUGUGGGCUGGCGGGGAGUGUUUUAG